GGCCCCCCUCCCCUCUAAACACUCUCCAUCACCUCGACACACAUAGCAGGGAUGGCGGCGAACUACAACGAGAAGGGCAUCGAGCCCGUGGUCGACCAUGGCAACCAGGAGUUUUACGACGGCAAGGAGAAGCGCGACAUCUACGACGUCGAUGUCGGCGCGCCUCAGGACCACCACGUCGUUGACGAGGUGAUUCAGUCCAAUGAGAUUGAGGCCACUGGCCAUGAGCUCGAGGACCUCGAGGGCAAGAUGGCCCUUCUCACGCCGGAGCGCACUCGUAGGAUCAUCCACUCCCUCUACAAGGCGCACGAGUACGACCAGAACUUCCCCCGCCCCAUCCUUGACCGGAUGCAGGAGUACCUCAACGACCCUUCGGCCGACCACGUCGAGGACGACAAGGAGCCCAACAAGCUCCUCGCUGAGAUGAAGCUCGAGGCCAUUCUUGCCACCGAGAACUCGCCCUACCUCGAGGUCCGCGCCAACGUUGACCCCACCGACGACGUCAACAUGCCCUCGCUCACCUUCCGUGUCCUUGUCAUGGGCACCAUCUUCUCCGGUAUCGGCUCGUUCAUCGACGGUCUCUUCCUUCAGCGUCAGCCCACUGUCUCGAUUUCCGCCAACGUGGCCCAGCUGGCUGCCUACCCCGUCGGCAAGUUCAUGCACCUGAUCCUUCCUACCCGCAAGUUCCGCCUGUUUGGCCAGGAGAUGUCGCUCAACCCCGGACGCUUCUCGCGCAAGGAGCACAUGCUUAUCACCAUCAUGUGCAACGUCUCCUUCGUCAGCUCGUACACUGGCUACAUUAUCCCCACCCAGGCUCUCCCCUUCUUCUUCGACAUGGGUUUCGCCCGCAAGUUUGGCUACCAGAUCCUUGCCGCCCUCGGCACCAACUUUGUUGGUUACGGUCUCGCCGGUCUUUGCCGUCGUUUCCUCGUCUACCCCGCCGUCGCCAUCUGGCCUUCGUCGCUCUCGCAGAUUGCGCUUAACAGGGCUUUCCACUCGGAGACCAACGAGCCCGUCCCUGCCUUUGGACGCAUCUGGCGCUCGUCGCAGCAGAAGUCCUUCCUCCUCAUCUUCCUCUUCUCCUUCAUCUACUUCUUCUUCCCCGGAUUUAUCUUCCAGGCCCUCUCGUACUUCUCGUGGAUGACUUGGAUCGCCCCCAACAACGCUCCCCUCACCUACGUUACCGGCACCAUGAACGGUCUCGGUGUCAACCCUUGGCCUACCUUUGACUGGAACAUGCUCAACCCCAACGGCAACCUGACCCUCACCGUCCCCACCUUCACCUUCGUCAACCAGUUCAUCGGCAUGAUCUUCUACACGGUCAUGACGCUCAUCAUCUACUACAAGAAUGCUUGGAACACCGCCUACCUUCCUAUCAACACGAACAAGACCUAUGACAAUCGCGGCAAGCGCUACAACGUCACCAAGAUUCUCAACGAUGACAGCAACUUUGACAACGAGAAGUACCAGCAGUACUCGGAGCCUUGGAUGGGCGCCGCCUACAUUGUCGCCUUCAUCUUCUACUUCGUCAUGUACGGUGCCACCGUUGCCUACGUCGCCAUCUACCACCGCAACGACCUCAAGGUUGGUUUCCGCAGCGCCGUCAAGAGCUUCAAGAAGACCUUCCACAAGGGCAUCGAGGAGGAGGACGAGGACGACAUCUCGGAGGAUGUCCACUACCGUCUCAUGAAGCAGUACCCCGAGGUUCCCGAGUGGCAGUACCUCAUCAUCAUGCUCGUCGCCAUGGGCAUUGGCAUGGCUGGUCUCGGCGCCUACCCCACGCACGUCAGCCCCGCUGUCGUCCUCUUCGGUGUCAUUAUGCCCCUCGUCGUUAUGAUCCCCUGUGGUCUCGUCCAGGCCAUCACCGGUAUCGCUGUGCCUCUCAACGUCAUUGCCGAGUUCAUCGGUGGUGCCAUUGUCCCCGGCAACGCCAACUCGCUCAUCUACUUCAAGACGUACGGAUACAUUGCCGCUUACCAGGCUCUUCUCUUCUGCAACGACCUCAAGCUCGCCCACUACCUGCACCUUCCUCCCAGGCACACCUUCUACAUGCAGAUCUGGGCCACCCUCAUCUACUGCUUCGUCCAGUCCGCCAUCCAGAACUUCAUCAUGGGCUUCCGUGACGUCUGCACCGCCGACGCUGUCUUCGGCAUGUCCUGCCCUGGUUCCAACACCUUCUUCACUUCGGCGGUGUUCUGGGGCACCCUGGGUCCUCACAAGCUGUUCGGUCCGGGCAAGCGCUACAACAUGAUGCUUCUCGGUUUCCCUGCCGGUUUCCUCCUCGUCUUCCUGGUCUGGGGCCUCCGCAAGCUCUUCCCCAAGAACGAGAUGCUCCGCCAGUGCCACCCCGUCAUGAUCGCCGCCGGUCCCGCCUACUGGGGUGCGCCAUACAACAUGUCGUACCUUAUCCCCAACAUCUACAUUACGUGGUUCUCGUUCGGUUUCAUCCGUAAGCGUUACACCGCGUUCUGGGCCAAGUACAACUACAUUGUCGCCGCCGCCAUGCCCGCCGGUAUCGCCGUGUCUGCCCUUGUCAUCUUCUUCGCCCUUGCCAUCCCCAAGGAUGGUACACUCGCCAUCGACUGGUGGGGCAACAACGUCAUCAGCCAGGGCUGCGAGGCCACUGGUUGUGCUCGCCUCAAGGUGGCUCCUGGCGAGAUCUUUGGCAACCCCAAGGGCUCGUUCACUUAAACUAAAAAAUACAAUAAACAUUGGUUAAUGUCUUAAUCGUAGUCUCUUAUGUGGGCGAUUGCUAGUUAGUACUUGUAUGAAUCCGAGUGCUCAGUGA